AUGGUUAGUUCCCAGCCUUCUCACGACGAGAGAAUCGACAUUAACGUACGUUUCCACCCUCCCCCUUCCUGCCACUCAUCCCACCCCGCCGACCAUAACCGCACCCGCCUCCCCCGCUCCCCCCCACCUUCCUCCAAACCCCACCACAUCCACGCGCACCACAACCCCCUCACAAUGCUCACCCGCCCCGAACUGCCCCCCCGCUCCGAACUCCCCUCGGACCACCCCAAAAACCCCCACUCGCGCGUCCGCCUACCCGAACGGCCGCACCUGUCGCAAUACUGGCACGACGCCUACCCCCCGCCACCCCUGGACGACGACACCGUGCUCCCGAAACCGCCCUCCAAAAUCAAAUAUAUGAAUACGGAAUGGCAAAAAAACAAUCCGAAUCCGAAAUCGCGCGAUGCGGUGAAGGCGUACUAUGGUGGUGGGGGGAUGUAUCCCGGGAUGGGGGUGGGGGGGAUGUACCCUGGGAUGGGGGGGAUGAUGGGGGGGAUGGGUAUGGGGUAUGGAGGGAUGGGGAUGGGGUAUGGAGGGAUGAUGGGUGGUUAUGGGAUGCCUCGAUACGGCGGUGCCGGGAUGUACGGCGGCUACGGCGGUGGCUACGGCGGCUACGGCCCCGGGAUGUAUGAUCCGAUGAUGGGAACUUAUGGUGCGCCGGCGUCAGCCAAUUUCGUGGACGAUAAUGUGGAUGCUCAUCGGUAA